GAGUCAUUACAAAGUUCCAACACUGAAAUGCUUCCUCAUGUGCCCAUUAGUGACCGACUGAAAUCCUGGCCAGACAUCUUCAAUGUGCCUACUUUCUCUUAUGAAGUGGAACAUCUUCUUCUAGAAGGAAAUGCAGCUUAUGAACAGUCAUGGAAAACAGUCACUUUGACCAGAUCCCAAAAAAGUAGCAUCUUGGAAAGCAUGGCCACAGCAAUCAUGAAUUAUAAACCCUAUCCUACUGAAAAAAAUAUAGCCAUGGCAGCAGAAGCUCUUGUGACGGCUCAUCCAUGUCUCAAAGAGAAAAGUAGUGCAAGUGGAUGGUAUGGAUGGAAGUGGAGCUUGCAGUAUAAAAUGGGGAAUUUUCGUAGUAAGCUAGCCAAAGCUGGAUGCCUAGAAGUCGCUGUAAAUUCUGGCAGAAGAAGCCACAAUAAUCCUGACAAAGAGCAUCCGCAUCACAAUAUAAAAAAAGCCAAGCAUGCUGAGGUGAACUACCUGCCUGACUUCCCUAAGGGACAUGAUUCUACCAGCCUUGAAAAUGUUAGAAUCCAAAUCAUACAAGAAGUUGAGAGAAGUCAAAGAAAUCUCCUGUUGAUUGACAAACUCAUGCAGAUGACCUUUGCACUUCGCCGCCUAGAGAUCAUUAAAGAAGACCCAAUGAUUGGAGAGUUCUUGCAAAAAUGGCCUGCGCUCCGCAUUGAUUCACAGAUCUGUGCGGAGUUCCAUCGCAUCACUAAUGUUAACCUAAGAAAUCAGUUCUACUCUGAACUAGACAGACGGACACCAAGGAUGCUGAUUUUGUUUAGACAAAAAGCGACACGAACCGGUAGGGGUUCAGAGGUUCUACGGAAUUUUCUGAACCUCUAUGACGAACAGCAAGAGCAAGAUGCCGAUGUCAAGCGUACUCUGGUCCUGCACGGGCUUCCAAUAUAUCUACGCGAGGAGGACCCACAAUUCCUCAAAGUUUGGAAUAUUGAAGAGUCACCAGAGCCAGACAUCAGUAGCACCUCUGUUGCCAUUCUGACAACUGUCAAUGAGAACAGUUUAAUCCAUCUCAGUCCACUCAGUGCAGCAGUUGUCGUGGAAGAUGAGGUUGUGGUUAGCGACAUUUCUAAAUGGGCUGAUGCAUUUGUCUUGUUGUUUGGGUUGAUCUAUGUCUUGCAUUUAGACUAUCCAAAAAGACUGAUUCAUACAUUCACAUUCAUCCAAAAAGAACUGAUGGGCCUUGAAGAUGGGAAACAGUUGAAACCAUGUCUUCUUCGUCUCAAAAACGAUCUUUCAUUGAUAGAGUAGCAUAUUACGGUGUUGGCACAUGCAUAGUUAGGUUAGUGUUCCAAAUGUCAAGCUGUUAUACUAGGAAAUGCUCGCAAUGGUAUUUUUUGUCCAUGUUCAUGGUUGUUGAUUUUAAUUUCCUCUUCUACUUAACUGUUGAAAAUAUUGUUAUACAAAUAUCACUGUUUUCCAUUCCAUUUCAUUGAUGGCUGUUUAAAUUGAUUGGCAUCAUUUUGAGUGUUAGUUUGUCAAGAAAAAGCAGUUAAAAGACAACGUUUUGUGGGAGAAUUUAAAAAGACUGAUGCACUUUUUUUUUGUAUAAGGGCUGAUUUAUUUUUAUAUUUUAAUGGCUGGUGUACUUUUAACACAAUUUGUGCAGUGUUUUUGUAUUUUGUGUUUUGCAUUACAACAAAUUAUUAUAUGCAAAUGGUGUAAAAGACUGAUGCACUUUUUUUGUUUUUUAAGGGUUGAUUUAUUUUUAUAUUUUAAUGGCUGGUGUACUUUUAACACAAUUUGUGCAGUGUUUUUGUAUUUUGUUGUACAACAAAUUGUUCUAAUGCAUUCAUGCAGGUUGAUAAAUAAUAAACAUGCAAUUGCAAUUCUGCCUC